AUGGGAACCUGCGGCGGCUACUCACCGGCACCGUACGCGAUGUUCAAGAAGAAGAAGAAGAAGAAGAAGAAGAAGAAAAAGAACGUGACUCUGACGAGGACCAAGAAUGCGAAUCUUUCGUUUGUCACGCGGGACGUGGAGGAGAUCGUGGUGGCGCCGACGAACCUCGAGGGCCUGAGGAAAUGCGGCCACGACUGGAAAACGAUGGAGGCCGCGGACCUGCGCGGCUACCUCGGGCUGCUGAUCCUCUCGGGCGUGUACAGGUCCCGCAACGAGGCCGCGGAGAGCCUGUGGCACGAGGAGAGCGGCAGGCCCAUAUUCCGCGCCACGAUGCCGGUCAAACGGUUCCACGCGUACUCGAGACUGCUGCGAUUCGACGACCGCGAGUCGAGAGCCGCCAGACGAGCGGCCGUGCGGGACGUGUUUGACGCGUGGGCGCGCCGGCUUCCCGGCCUCUACAACCCGGGCCCCGACGUGACCGUGGACGAGCAGCUGGUCCCCUUUCGAGGUCGAUGCCCGUUCCGCCAGUACAUGCCCAGCAAGCCCGCGAGGUACGGCGUCAAGCUGUGGGUGGCCUGCGACGCCAAGUCCAGCUACGCGUGGAACGUGCAGGCCUACACCGGAAAGUCCGCGUGCGGCGCGUCCGAGAGGAACCAGGGCGCCCGGGUGGUGCUGGACCUGACCGAGGGGCUCGCGGGCCCUCGCAACGUCACGUGCGACAACUUUUUCACCUCGUACGACCUGGCGCGGCGGCUCCUGCGCGAGAGGCGCCUCACCCUGGUGGGCACGAUGCGCAAAAACAAGCCGGAGCUGCCGGCCGCCUUGCUCGACACCAGGGGCCGCGCGGUCGCCUCGUCCAGGUUCGCCUUCACGCCCGACGCCGCUCUGGUGUCCUACGUGCCCAAGAGGAACAAGAACGUGCUGCUGCUGAGCACGCUGCACGCGGGGGACGCGCGGCUCCUGGUGGCGUCCGGCGGCCGCGCGGCCAAACCCGAGAUCGUGCUCCACUACAACGCCACCAAGGGCGGCGUGGACAACCUGGACAAGCUCGUGGCCACGUACAGCUGCCGUAGGAAGACCGCGCGCUUGCCCCUCGCCGUGUUCCACAACGUCCUCGACGUGUCCGCCUACAACGCCUUCGUGAUCUGGCGAGAGCUCAGGCCCGCGUGGAUGCGCGGCAAGCUCAACAGGAGGAGGGCGUUCCUCGAGCAGCUGGGACGGGCGCUCGUCGCGCCGCUCAUGGAGAGGAGGAGGAGCCUCCCUCGCACGGAGGCGGCCGCCGCGCUCGUCAGAGCCGCGACGAGAGGGCCCGCCGAGGGACCGCGACGACCGGACGGCGAGCGGGAGCCGCCCGCGCCGAGAGCGGCCGGCGAGAGGAAGAGGUGUCAGCUCUGUCCCAGGAGCAACGACCGCAAAACAAACGCCGUCUGCGCCGGCUGCCGGAGGUACGUCUGCGGGAGCUGCGCCUAUUGCGCGGAAUGUGCGAGCCCGUAG